AAAGAUAAUAGAGAUAUUAAUAAGGAUAAUACGGAGGAGGGGCGAGAGGGGCGGAGAAAGGUGGAAAAAUUUAAGGGAAGAAGAAAAAUAUUCCACCUUCGAGCAUGGCCUCGGUGGCAGCAUGGCUGCCAUUCGCCCGUGCGGCGGCGAUUGGUUGGGUGCCGAUCGCGACACAUCCACUGCCACCGCCGCCGAUCCCCAAGGAUCGUCGCAAGGCCGACGACGAGAAGCUGUUGAUAAACGUGAGCGGCCGUCGCUUCGAGACCUGGCGGAACACCCUCGAGAAGUAUCCGGACACUCUUCUCGGUUCGAACGAGCGCGAGUUCUUUUACGACGAGGAGAGCAAGGAGUACUUCUUCGACCGUGAUCCAGACAUAUUUCGUCACAUAUUGAACUAUUAUAGAACCGGUAAGCUUCAUUACCCGAAGCACGAAUGCCUGACGAGCUACGACGAGGAGUUGGCGUUCUUCGGUAUCCUGCCGGACGUGAUCGGCGACUGCUGCUACGAAGACUACCGUGACCGGAAACGAGAGAACGCGGAGCGUUUGAUGGAUGACAAGCUGAGCGAAAAUGGGGAUCAGAACCUUCAGCAGCUACCGGACAUCAGGCAAAAGAUGUGGAGGGCAUUCCAGAAUCCUCACAUCUCGACGGCAGCUUUGGUAUUUUACUAUGUAACCGGUUUCUUCAUCGCCGUGAGCGUGCUGGCGAACGUGGUCGAGACCGUGCCGUGCGGUAAUCGUCCGGGACGCGCCGGUACGCUUUCAUGCGGCGAGCGUUACAAGAUCGUCUUCUUCUGCCUGGACACCGCGUGCGUCAUGAUAUUCACCGCGGAGUAUCUGUUGAGGCUGUUCGCGGCGCCGAGCCGGUGCAAGUUCGCUCGAUCAGUCAUGUCCAUCAUCGACGUGGUCGCCAUCCUCCCGUACUACAUUGGUCUCGGUAUCACCGACAACGACGACGUAUCCGGUGCUUUCGUUACGUUGCGCGUCUUCCGUGUGUUCCGGAUCUUCAAGUUCUCCAGGCACUCGCAAGGUCUCAGGAUUCUCGGUUACACCCUCAAGUCCUGCGCCUCGGAGCUUGGCUUCCUCGUCUUCUCCCUGGCGAUGGCCAUUAUCAUAUUCGCCACCGUCAUGUUCUACGCGGAGAAGAACGUCGAUGGAACGAACUUCACCUCGAUUCCUGCCGCAUUCUGGUACACCAUCGUCACGAUGACUACCUUGGGGUACGGUGACAUGGUUCCGAAAACGAUCGCGGGAAAAAUCGUGGGGGGUGUAUGCUCCCUUAGCGGUGUCCUUGUGAUCGCUUUACCGGUGCCUGUUAUCGUCAGUAAUUUCAGCCGAAUAUAUCACCAGAAUCAGCGGGCUGACAAGCGAAAGGCGCAGAGGAAAGCCAGAUUGGCACGAAUCAGGAUCGCGAAAGCGUCAAGCGGAGCGGCCUUCGUGAGCAAAAAGAAGGCGGCCGAGGCCCGAUUGGCCGCGCAGGAGAGCGGCCUUCAGCUGGACGACAACUUCAAGGAGGAGGAUAUUUUCGAACUGCAGCAUCAUCAUCUACUUCGUUGUUUAGAGAAGACCACGGAUCGCGAGUUCGUGGAGAUGGAGGUACCCUACAACGGUGCCCCGAAGAGGCCGGGCUCGCCGUCGCCCCUGACCUCCCCCGCGCACAGCACUGCCUCCAGGGGCGGCCUGCUGCAUGCCUGCUGCGGCCGCUGCUACCCCCAACGUUACCAGAGCUUGUCUUAUCAGCUCACCUCGAACGAGAGCAAGGAUAGAGUGGUGCUCGUAUAUGAAGACCGUAUACAAGUGCGGAAAAAGGACCUAAAGAAGCGCGGUUCCCACACCUGUGACAUGCAGGCCCUACAGCCACUUCCGGUCCCAACCACCACCACCACCAACACCGCGCCUGCCAUGACUACUUCCGGUGGCCAGCCACCGCUUCCGGUAUCGGAGACCGCUUGAGUCGAUCACCGAGACCAAUCACGAUCACCAUAUCCGCUAUUAUGAACAAAAAAUAUUCACCUUUAACAAACACCAUCACCGUCCUCCUCUUCUACUCGAUGAAAGAACAAUGGCCGACCGGCCGGAAGAACGUAAGGAAAGAGAGACAGACGCGAGAUUCGAUGGCGCCUCCACUCGCAGGCGCCAUGAUCUACCGUGAGAGACGGAGAGAGAGAAAGAGAAAGAGAGAAAGAGAGAGAAAUUGCAAGGAAGGAAGGAAAGGAAAGGAGAGAAAUCGUUCAACGACGAUCCACGACGUCCUCGAGGAGGACGGAGGGCCUCUCGUUCUCGAAGAGCAAGGAUUGCCCGCGACUCGAAGCUGCACGGAAGCCGGCGACCGGAAGAAGAUGCAAAGAAGACGCGAAGAAACCACGAAGAAACCACGAAGAAGAGAACUUCCCGCCGAUCAUCGAACCCGCAAUUCCUCGCGCUUUUCGAGGACGAAGACUCCGCGAAUGCACGCACCCGCGCCUGCACGCCACCUUGUUCUUUCUGUUUUCGCUCACGACAUACGUGGAUCGAUGAAUUUUAGCCCCGCCUCGAACCGCGCCAGCUGCGCCGCUUUCCGCUCGGGAACGCGAGAAGGAAAUCACGGAAGGGGAGGACGCGUAACGCAACCGGAUCGGCGUGAAAUCCGUCGUCGCCGGUCGAAAACUCGGCUCGUCGAUGCGUGCCGCUUCAUCCACUCUGCCUCCUGUUCCCGUGUCGGAAAGGAGCUUUUUCAAUUCCGAGCCGUCCGGCGGAAAAUGCCACGCGACUCGAUGAUUUCCGGGACAACUGGCGCGCGUUCCAGGACCCUCGUUAUUUCCGGGAUCCGCGCGUCGAUCAAUCCGCCCGGGAAACGAGCGUAGUCGCGAGAUAGAUCGGUCGAUCGAGUUUCGUUCGCGUUGUACCGACGAAACCUUCGCCACGUCCUCUUCGCGCUCUUCGAAGCUUGCUGCGCUUCCAAGAUGGCGCGACGUCGAGACCCUUCUCCUCGACGCUCGCGACUCGCCGCGCGAAGCAAACGGAAGCGCGGACACUGAGGGGAUGAACGACGCGAUUGCCGCCAUCUUGGACGAGGAGAUCCGAGACGAAGGCGUUAAUCGUCGCGGAUCGUCGCGACUCUUUAGACGGGGCACGUCCCCGCUAGUUAUAAGGAUACUCGAUUUUUAAAAUGUCUUCGCGACCGCGAGAGAAAUUCGAUCGAUCCCCGAAAAAGCGGGUUCUCGUAAGGAGUCUCUUAACUCGCUAGGUUUAAUUUAGCAAACGAUACACUUAAGGGUACGCGAGACGAUGACAACGAUCGAUCGAUCAGUCGAGGGGGUUGUAAAGCGGCAGGGAAGGAAGGAGACGGAAGUAAACGGGGAGAAAAAAUAUCGUAGGUUUACGAUGGCGGUCGUAAAACGUCGGCAAGAUGAGAGGGGUGGGUUUCCGCGCGGUUCUGGCGCCCCUUGUGAGACUGAGGGAUGCGAGAGAUCGUAGGGAGGGCGAAAUGAUCGCGAGCGUUCGUCGGGGACCGCGUACCUCGAUACUCUAAAUAAAGUAAGAUGAUGCCCUCGUUCUUUCAAGACUCUUCCACGAGUCCAAUUUUCGUUCUUUUUUUCCCUAGAUAGUAAUUCGUCGAUCAAAUAGCCGAUUAGUGAUGGAAAGAUCUGUCGCGUGGUCGAUCGUGGAUCGCGGAGGACCCUCUCUACCGCUUGAUUCCAGACGCGUCGGAUAUCGAAUGUUUGGGUGCCAUUUUUUCUAAUUUUAUCGAAAUUCGCGAUUCGUGGGAAGGAUUCGAGAGACGUUGAAAAAGGGAGGAUCGAGGGGUCCGCGAUCGAUCCGCGCUUGCCUGGAGGGACUUUCUUUUGGGCGACAAUAGACUACGAGGAAUCGGUGUUUUAAUUUUCAACGUCGCUGUAAAUAAUCGUGAAGGCAUGGGGGGGGGGGGAGAAAUCUCGUGUUGUCUGUAAAAUUAACUUUGUAAUUAAUUGUAAACGAUCUAACGGAGCGAAGACGAAGAAACGGAGAGAAAGAAGAGAACAAAAGGCAGAGAAAAGAAAAGAG